AUGAAAUUUGCACAACUUGUAAUGGGUCCAGCGGGUAGCGGUAAAUCGACAUAUUGUUCAGUUAUGUAUAAUCAUUGUCUGAAUGUCGGAAGACAGCUGAGAAUGGUGAAUUUGGAUCCAGCUUGUGAAGUUUUCAAUUAUCAAGCUGUUGUAGGCAAGUGUUUCUGAUUUUCUUGAUUUCUUCAAUGUUUAAAUUUUAGAUGUAAGAGAUCUAGUGAGUGUAAAUGAUGUUCAAGAGGAUGAAGAGCUAAUUUUGGGACCGAAUGGAGCAUUGGUAUUUUGCAUGGAGUAUGUUUUCAAAAGUUGUGGUUAAUUUUAUCUAGUGAAUUUUUAGGUAUCUUGUUCAAAAUCUUGAUUGGUUACACGAUGAGUUAGAUGAAGGAGAAGACGAUUACUUUGUAUUUGAUUGUCCUGGACAAAUUGAAUUAUACAGUCAUCUUCCAGUUAUGCGUCAAAUUGUCGAUGCUCUCAGAUCUUGGGACUUCAAUGUUUGCUCGGUUUUUCUAAUCGACACCAAUUUCGUCCUUGAAGCUGAAAAGUAUGUUCUCAAUACAAGGCAAUCACGUUAUAUUCAAAAUUUCAGAUUCAUUUCGGGAGCUUUAACUGCAUUAUCUGCGAUGGUUGCAAUUGAAACACCAGCUAUCAAUGUUCUCACAAAAAUGGAUCUGCUUUCGGAACGAAAUAAGGAGCUUGUUGAUCAAUUUUUGGAAACAGACACAAGAGCAAUUGUCGAUUCGGAUGAAACUGUUUGGAAUGAGAAACAUCGGAAAUUGACAAAAACUAUUGCGCAGGUAUGAUUGUGAAUUAUUCUAGAAUUUAUGAGAAUACAAAUCUCACACCCAACUCACGGUUUCAAAUGGUUCUUUUUUAUUAGAAAUGAUCGAACUCAAUUUUUUAUUUUUUUUUCCAAAAAUUAUUUUCUUUACGUGAACUAGACAUAACGUAUACGCAAAAAAAGUAUUUAAAAUUUAAAAAUAUUUCAUUUCAGAUUUUGGAAGAUUAUUCAAUCGUCAAAUUUGUUCCUUUGAAUUGUGAAGACGAAGAAAGUAUCGAACAAUUAUUGUUGACAAUUGAUACAACUAUUCAAUAUGGAGAAGAUCUUGAGGUAUUUUAUUUUAUUUUAUAUUGAAAUAUGCAGAACCUUCUUGAUCCCUUCUCGAAUUUACCAAAACAACAUUUUUUCCAGGUAAAAGACAAAUAUCCGGAUGAGUUGGAUGCUGAAGAAGCUGAAUAUCGUUGA